AAACCAUCACCCCAUUUCACACGUUAAGAUGAAGAUUGUAUGUGCUUUUCUCCUGUUCGCCCUGGUCUUUGCUCAGGAUCCCACUGAUCCAGCACCGGAACCAACUGACCCCAAGCCAGUUCCAACAGACCCAAAGCCAACUGAUCCUAAACCAACUGACCCCAAGCCUACUGUAAAGCCUACUCCAGCUCCUACUCCAGCCCCUACUCCAGCCCCUACCCCAGCUCCCACUCCAGCCCCUACCCCAGCUCCCACUCCAGCCCCUACCCCAGCUCCCACUCCAGCCCCUACCCCAGCUCCCACUCCAGCCCCUACUCCAGCUCCUACUCCUGAGCCAGUAGUAUGCCCCGCUGGUCAGUUCAACAACAACGACUUGUGUGAGAUGUGCGCUGAGGGUGCAUACUCUGCUGGUGGCAGUGAUUCUUGCGACGUCUGCCCCGAGGGCCAGUCUUCUGAGUCUGGAGCCAAGAGUGCGGAUGAGUGCUUCGUUCCACGAUCUUGCGCCUGGGGAGAUUCUCACAUGUGCGACAGAGAAACUGGUUGCACUUUCGGAUGUGAGAGUGAUUACUGCUGGAGCCAGUGCGACGCUCUGUGCCCACGAACCAGCAAUGUUGGUUGUCACGGUUGCAAAGAAUGGUGUUGGUUGAGCGGUAACGACUCCAAGUGGGAGUUCUGUACUGAGAACAGUCAGUGUGUUUCAGUUAAGAGGAACUCAUGUGCUGGAGGUUGCACCGUCUAAAUCCUCACUUCUCUAUUUAUUUCUAUAUUCUGUGUAUUUUCUGAAUAAUUCAUUGAAUACCAGUAAAUGGUUUUAAGUUAAA